GUCGUUGCGCGAUGCCAGAGGCUAGCUCCGAAUUCGGCACCUAUGAUGUUGACAGGAGUGCUCAGAUCGUAAGCAAAUCCUGCAAGCGGAACAGCACAGGUACCGAGGACAUGAAGUUCGGAGACGGAGCAACCCUGGAGGUGAUGCAUGAAGCAUAUGGAGACGCCCGGUUUUGCUUCGUCCCGCGAGGCAAGUCAGGCUGGUCGCUGCGUUUCUUUGAG